UUUUCUUUGCCGUUUGACUUGGGCAGGUAGUCUUUUUGCGUCAUGUGCGUAUAACAUCGUAAAAACCCGACAGACUUAGGUCCGACAAGUGUAAUGUUAUAUACUUGUUUUCUCUGCCGUUCGACUUGGGCAGGUGGUCUUCUGCGUAGUGUACGUACAACACCGUUAAAGCCAUGAAAAAAAGAGGUCCGACUACCCAGCAAUAAAAUGCAGCUGCUCCGCUUUCCGUGUUUUUCCGAACUGGUUUGCAGCCAGCAGCUGUUUGUGCUUCACAAGCGGUUGCUCUUGCUCCGACAGUGGACAGAUGAGCCAGUCCAGCAUGACUGUCCAUGCCACCGGCCGACGCAAGGACAGUCCGCAGGCGCUAAAGAUGUGAGGAGAUUGCGGUGGCUUGACUUGUGACUUUUGAUAAUAUAUACAAUAUGUAUAUAUAUAUAUAUGUAUGGACAUGAUUGGUGAUAUUUGGUUGGGCACCCAUUCACUACAGGGCCUUUUGCUGUCCUGGGGCGUCUUCUUGGUGCAACGCCCCAAAGCGGAGCCCGAAAGGGAAAGAGAGAUGCCCAGUAGUUCUGAUAGACUCCAAACCCACAGAGGACCGAACUCCGAAACCCACUUGCUUGGUCGCUAUUCGGAAAAUGGUCGAAGUAAGCCGGUCAAUUCUCAGGAUUGUGAAUGGCUGCCACAGCCAGCCGAUGUGGAUUGCUCAUGCAAUCGCUGCAGGCAGCGGCCCUGACCAGAAUGUGAGGAUUGCGCCGGGUGGUUUUCACGACUUCCCAACUCCCAGUCAUUUGUCGGCCACACGCUUUUGGCCCAAGAUGGGCUGCGAUGAGUCUGGUCACAACUGUGCCAUCGGCAGCAGCGGAGGGCCAGGGCAAAGCUGUCAGUUCAACCCGGUCACCGGGCAGGAAGACUACAAGAACUGCGCUCCGCCAGUGGACACCAAGUUCGAAGCGAGCUUUGGUGAGAAUGGCGCACCCUGCAAUCCGAAGACUCCAGGAGGGGUAGAGAUGAAGGGCUGCGAUUAUGUGGACAUCAGCUUGGUGGAUGGCUGGACUUUGCCCGUGAAACUCGACAUUCAGGGUGACUGUAGAACUGCCACGGACCAGAAGGUCGAUGUCUUAGACUGUGAGGGGCUCUCGCUGAACUCUUGCCCUGCAGCUGAGCACCUCACAGCAGCAGGUUUCACUGCAGAUUUGCGGGCCAUCAAUCCAAAGACUCAUAAGGUUUCUGGAUGCUACAGUCCGUGCAGCAAGCUCUUGGACACCAAGUGGAGCAAUCAGGAACGCUCUAGUGGUCGGCGGCCAGAAGAGAGCGAGGUCUCUCCCUACUGCUGCCCCACUCCUCCACAGACGCCAGAGUCAUGUCGGGCAGGGCCGAUCACCAGGACCAGCUUCUUGAAGACCGUGCACGAGAAGUGUCCUGGGGUCUAUGGCUAUGCCUACGACGACGGCACCGGCUUGAUGCGGUGCUCAUCUGCGACGCACUACACGGUGACCUUCUACUGCCCUGCCGAUCUCCCAGCAUGA